UCAAUUAGACAGUUGGAGUAAUUAGUGAAGUGUGGGUUGUAAAUUCUAACCGUAUAUUUUUGUAAUAUAUCUUACUUCUUCAAUUCAGGUGCUGCUAAGUUUACGUUUUGUGUUUUCAAGUGGAAACUGAUUUUUCUGACAGUUCAUCAAAAUGCCUAGAGGAAAAUUCACUAGCCACAAAGGCCGAAAUCGUAGAUUCACUAAUCCAGAGGAAUUGGAAGAAGAAAGACGUAAAGAACAAGAGAAAUCCAAAUGGAGAUCUAAAAAAGAAAUAAGUAGUGAUGAUGAAGAGGGUGAUAGUGAUGAUAAAAAAACUAACGAAGAUUCUGAUAGUGAAGAAGAAAGUAGUGAUGAAGACGAUGAUAAAGCAAAAGGUGUACAGAGUUUAAUAGAAAUCGAGAAUCCCAAUAGGAUACAGAAGAAGAAUAAGAAACUUUCAGCACUCAAUAGCAAUAUUGACAAUGCUGCUCCUCAGUUAUCAAGAAGAGAACGAGAAGAAAUAGAAAAGCAAAAAGCUAAAGCACAUUACCAGAAACUCCAUGCGGAAGGUAAAACAGAUCAAGCAAAGGCUGACCUUGCUCGUCUAGCCAUUAUUAAGCAGCAAAGAGAAGAGGCUAGAUUGAGGAGAGAAAAGGAACAAAAAGAAAAAGAAGAUGCAGCCAAGCAAAAAACUGCGCAAACACAAAAAGCUCUUGGAAAGAAGUGAUUGGUGAAAUGUUUUUUUGUAUCUCUAUUGGAGAAAUUCUCGCAAUAUAAUGAGGUUUGAUAUUUAUAUUUGUUGUCAGAUUUCUUUUUUCGAAGCAAUUUUUACAAUUUAAGUUGCAGCAAUUUAUGUAUCUAAAAAAAGUAAUAAAUCCUUUACGAUUCA